CAAAUUACAUGCAUAAAUGUGAUCUUCAGAAUGGAAGUGAAUAAAAAAGACUCUCAAGCUUUUCCUGGGACUUCAUUGGAAUCUCCAAGUGGUUCUGCACCAGCUAGUUUAGUACAUCUGGCUAACACUGCACCCACAUCUGUUUCACUAGGAGCUUCUUGCAUUACCGGGUCAGGUUGCUUGCUGCCAGUAUCACUCAUGUCUCAGCCACUGGUGUCAUCUCUCCAGCAUCAGCAGCUCAUGGCUGAGCCUCUUUUGUUGGUCCCCACUUCAGCUUUAUCUCUGGCACCAGGCUCAGGUUUUGCACCAAGUCCUACUGACGUCCAACCCUCGGCGCUGCAUUACAGCCACCAGCUUUUAUUAAAUAAUGCUCAGCUGCCUUUGGUGCUCAAACCUCCUGUUAAUAAUUUCUCAAUGGGUUUGGGGCAGGCGCUCUCUAGUGAAAGUCAACCAAUUAUUGUGUUACCGCUUGCUGCACCUGGGAAUAAUUUGCUGACUCCAGAUGGCGCUUUAAGUUCUAAAGCAGCCAGUAGAGAAGAACAGUGUGUCACAGCAGACUCCACUGAUCAAAAGCAUACAGAAAAAUCAAACUUGCGUCGUGGUACCAGACGUAAAAGCACCAAAAUUUCAGCACUUUGUUCCAACAGGGACAACAUUUUAUCUUCUCAAUUAAAUUCAAGAACUAAGAAAAACAACGAAACAGCUACCAGACCCUCUGAUCUAGGUGGCAAAAAUGUUUCCGGCCCUGCAAAUUCAAUCAAAUCUGAUUUCCUCAACACUACCAGUGCAGUAAAAAAUUCUGACAUUUCACAGAUCAUUUCCAAUCUCCCAUCCGGCUGGCAGGUUGUAGGUUUCACAGGACUAGAGCAAAUAGGGGCAACUCUUGCUGCCCCACUCCUCACAGCCAACUCAGCAGCAGUUCUGUCCCCUAACACCAUGGCUCCUUCAUGUCUUGACAGUAACAAAACAAGCUUUCAAAAUGCUGAGAUCAAACCUAGUUUAGUUUCAGUUAAUUUGAAUAACCUAUCACAGCCAGUUGCUUCCAGGACAUAUGACAACUAUUCCAUUGUAAAUGAACUGACGUGCUCAGUGAAGCUGGAUGAUAUACCCAGCACUCACAUCAUUUCCAUGAAAGCUGAGCAAGAAGAUGCAGAAACUAUACCCGACAGUACAUCCGAUAGCCUCACUGUCAUUAAACAGAAGGAAAAACUGCAUUCAAGAAAGUGUAAAGGAAAUAGUGCUGAUGCAAAAAAUGAAAAUGCUAAAACUGAGAGUUUUAGUAAAACAGAUAAGAAAAUUAAUCCACUGUUUCAAGCUAUGGCAAAGCCUUGCCUGAGCAGUACCAGCAUGUUUGGAGAUCCACAAAUUAAAUCUGUUAACCCCCCUGUCAUGCCAGAUGGAUCAUGGACAAUUAUUGGCGUGACUUCAAUUCCCCCGUUACCGUGCACGAGUUCAGCUGUUGUUAGCCAACUGUCAACAGGUGCUGCCACUGUCACAAGCUCAUCAAGUGCAGAAGCUAAUGAAAACCCAAACUGUGAUCAAUCUUCUGAUACCAUCAUACUUAAAAUUCCAAUGUGUCCAUCAAACACAACAUCAAACAGGAAAAAGAAGAAAGGGACACCGCAGACCGCGGUAAAACAGAGCCAGAAGGGCUCAGUGGCAGAGCUACUUUAUAAUGUCAAUCAGCAAAAUACUGAAAGUAAUAAAUCUUCAGAGAUGAAGUGGACAGUAGUGGGUUUAACACAGCCAGUGCUGAACUCAAACGAAGUGUCUACCUCAAGUCAGAUGGUCAGUAGCUCCAUGUUGUCAUUGCCCAAUAUUACCCAGGCAGGCACAGCCCCACUGACCAGCCAUAUGAUUAACAAACCGUUGAACCUAAUUUCUCAGAUCUCAUCCAACCAAUAUCUGGUCCAGUCACCUCUAAGCCAGCCAGCCUCAAGUUUUGAUAUACCAGUAAACCCAGGUUCUUCUGAGUCACCUCAAUUCUCUUCUAGUCCUAUGACAAUCACAAGCAAUGACGGAAUCAAUGUGAGCUCUUGUCCCACACAGAGUCAUUGGAAAGUUGUUGGAUUAACAUCACUAGACGUCCCCGCCUCCCCUGUGGCCCCAUUUGCUGCAGCGCUGCAUCAAAUAUCACACUGUGCAACUGUACCUCUACUAAAUCUUAUUCCAGCAGCUUCAAGUUUGGCACUGUCCUGUGUGGCUACAACAACCACAAACAGUUGUUCCACUGUCAACAGCACUCACGCGUCUCUGACGGCGCCGUUCUCCCCAGCAGCUGUGAUCAACAUUGCUGGAAGUUUAUCCAACCCCUCAGAUGUGUCGACGCCCAUUUCAAAUUUUACUAAAACUAUCCAGGAAAUCUCACAACAACAGAAUCAAGCUUUCUGCGGUAACCUGGCUUUAAAAAAUCCACUGGACUUGUUGAAAAUGAAUGAUCCCAAUCAAUGGAAUGUUGUUGGGCUGGUAUCCAACAAUCAUGUCUCUAUGCUAGACAAAGGUCUUAUCAACAGUUUAACUCCUGAGAUUUUGAAUCAUAGUAUGAGCCCCCCUACUGUUGCACCUCAGGAUUUAACUCCCACUUCUAAGCAUUCAUGUCCACAAAAUCCUCCAGAAAUAAAUACAACAGAUGACAUUAAAAAGAUGUCACCAUUAGCAGGUAAAGCAACACGGCGAUCUCUUACACUGAAAUCCAAAAAUCCUGAGAAUAACAGUAAGGUUUAUCAGUUAAAAUGUAGAGAUUUAAUCAAACGACAACAUGUUCCAACCUACAUGAAAAAGAACACUGUCUCAAGUCUUCUCAGAAUAAAACGGAUGCAGACAGAUUCCAUUGAAGAUGAUAAUAUGGUAGAUAUUGACAUGGAAGAAAAAUUUACUUUACAGAACGAUGAAGCUGUCACGCCCAGAUCUAAAACUAGAUCACUACGCUCGUAUGCUGGAAACCGAAACAUAUUUACUAAAAGCAGACUCUGUGAGAGCAACAGUAAACUCAGUCUUCGCAGUGGAACAGCCGCCACAACACCUGGAUGCAAUUCAGCUGAAGAAACAGUAGAGGAUAAGCCACAGGACCAGGCUUUAGACUCACCUGAUCCUGCUGCUGCUAGAUCUGAAAACAACAGAGUAAAGUCUGCUGAAUGUGCAAGCGUUGUUGUUGAGCCACACUCUGCUGCCAGGAAAAGAAAAUUGAAAAUUCCUCGCAGGAUGGUGGCAGCAGAUAUUGAUUACCACCCAUUUGAUAGCUCAUCAGAUAGUAAUUAAGCUAGUCAUUUACCCUUUGCCUGUCUUUGAAAAGCAAUUUACAAGCAUAGCUAACUAAACUAAUAGCUUUUAGAAAGUGUUAAUCAUGUGAUAACUUUUUUUUAAAGAUAGUCUAUUUAUAUAUUUAUUGUGUUAACUAGAAACUUUGUUAUUGUAAAUUUAUGCUCACAAAUUUUUAUCCUCCCCAUUAUUGUCUAUCAUUACCAAAUAACAUCAUCAAUAAAUUACGCCAAAUUAAAUCUGCAAGUAACUACUUAAAAAACACAUUUUGACAAGUCGCACAAAGGUUAAUUUAGUUACAACAAUUAAUUUUAAUAAAUUACACCAAAGGUAUUUAGCAACUAAUUACUUUUAAAACUCUUGACAAUCUUUAAUCUUGAUGUUUAUAAGUUAACAAGGUGUUGUGAAUUGUUUUACAUGAAUAUUUAUAGUGUAAAAGUAUGAUAAUGUAGAUGUUUGAGAAUGAAUUGUUUGUAAAUAAAUUUAUAAAAUGUUUUUUUUAUACUAAUAGUAUGAUUAAUUACCACUGUUAUUAAAAUUCUUUUUCGUGCAGAUUUCAUUUCUUAACAUUUUCAAGAAAUUCUGUCAAAAGCAUUUAAAUUUCAAACUUCUUACUUUUAAAUUUCAAACAACAUGAUCAAAAACUAAAGGAAGACAUUAAACUUAUUAAAUUAUACAACCAGCAUACAAAAGAGCUAAUAGUUGUAGUUGUAAGGACAAGGCUGGAAAGAAAUCCAGUGAUGCUCUCUUAGUUUAGUGUUUUAGUUGUGGAAUUUUUUUUGGUUUUUGAAACAAUGUGAAUAGGUUCUUUCAAUGUUUUUGAUUACUAACACAGUAUCAUAACACUCAUUCAUUGCAUUUAUUGGUAGAAUGGAGAACAAAUUUCGUUUUUUCAAUGCUGCUGUAAAAGAAAUUCUCAUAAUUUUUACAGAUUUAUUUUUUAAGCUUUUGUCUGUGCAAUUGUUAAAUUUAAAAACUGACAAUUUUAUCAAUCCUAAGUUAAUAAGUAUUAAGAAAUUGCUACAUAGUUUAUUGGUUAAAUUUGAUGAUUAUACUUAGUUAUUAUAUAUUCAACGAGCCGACCCGCUGCGUAUCAUACGCCGCUAUUUAGUUGUUGUUUUUUUUCUACAGUAAUUUAUAAUUUGUGAAUUCGACAGUACCAAUGCUGCCACUGAAAAUAUUUGCUUAAAAACACUAAACCCCCCCCCCC